AUGACUGCUAUAUUAUUUACUAAAAUCAAAGAUGGUAAAUUAACUUCAAGAAGCUUUAAUGUAAAGAGACUCUCAACGUCGUUUGGUUCUGAGUUUACUGAUGUCAUUAUUGGAAAUACCCUUCCACACCAUUGUGAUUUUGUGAUGAACAACAAAAAUGAUGACAAAGGGUUUAUUUUUAAUUUUAGCGAUAGAAAUGAUGUUAUUGUAAAUCGUUGUGUUGUUCCACAAUAUGCACAAUUUGAAUUACCUUCUAAUAGUAUUCUUCAAAUUGCUAACUCACUAUUUUUUGUUUCCAUAAAUCAACCAGACAAAAAUUCCCAGAUAUUAAUUGACGAAUACUUUAAAUUUAAUGAGACAUCAACAAAACAAGAAUAUAUAAAAACAGAAAAUAAAACAACCGAGAAAGAAUCACCAAAACAAUCAUCUGUUAUAAAAAGUAUUAGUCUAGAUCAAUUGAAUAAUGAAAACAAAAUAAUAGAAAAUCAACAACCUUCACUAGAACAAAAAGAAGUAAAAAAUAAACAUAAACAUAGAAGGCAUUCUUAUUCAGAUGACUCAAGUGAAGACACUGAACAAAAUAGUAAAAGAAAAAGAAAACAUCAUAGAUCACAUUCUAGACACUCAAAAAGAAAACAUUAUAAAAAGUCAGUUUCUGCUUCAUCUGAUACAUCAAGCUAUGAAGAUCAUUAUAAAAAGAGAAAAGGAUAUAAACACAAAAGACAUUCAAUAAGUUCAUAUGACCAAUCUUCUAAAAGUCUUAGUGAAGAUAAAUAA